CCAAUGUUUGGGAUGGAUUGUAUACACCUGUGUCCAUGGAGGGGAUUGGAGCACCUGAAUCACAUGAUAUGGAGGGGAUUGGAACACCUGAAUCAGAUGAUAUGGAGGGGAUUGGAAUACCUGAAUCACAUGAUAUGGAGGGGAUUGGAACACCUGAAUCACAUGAUAUGGAGGGGAUUGGAACACCUGAAUCACAUGAUAUGGAGGGGAUUGGAACACCUGAAUCACAUGAUAUGGAGGGGAUUGGAACACCUGAAUCACAUGAUAUGGAGGGGAUUGGAAUACCUGAAUCACAUGAUAUGGAGGGGAUUGGAACACCUGAAUCACAUGAUAUGGAGGGGAUUGGAACACCUGAAUCACAUGAUAUGGAGGGGAUUGGAGCACCUGAAUCAUAUGAUAUGGAGGGGAUUGGAACACCUGAAUCACAUGAUAUGGAGGGGAUUGGAACACCUGAAUCACAUGAUAUGGAGGGGAUUGGAACACCUGAAUCACAUGAUAUGGAGGGGA